CCGUGGAACGCUGAGGCCGGCGCGCGCGCGCGCAACACGCCGCCCUUUCUCUCUCUCUCUCUCUCUCUCUUUUUCCCCGGGUCUGGCAUGCGGGAGCCGCGAGGCUGCGUGGUUGUUGCUGGGGCGGCCGGCUGGCUUACAAAGCAGCGGGCAAAUCAGGCGUGGGGCUUGGAUGGUGACCUGGGAAACUGCUGAGCAUGGAAUUUGUUGGAGGCAGGUGAAUUUACUGCUCCCGGCUUUUGAAUCUGUUGGGAGAUUUCUUGGAUGCGUGUGCUGAUUUAGAUUGUCUCGUAUGCUGAAAGGCUGUCGAUUUAUGGAGGGUCCCGGGUGCAGCUUUGAGCACUGCCCCGCGCAACAUCCUGCCCGCUGAAGGAAGGACGCCGCCGCCCCGCCCCAAACCGGGCGCCCUGAGUCGUCGGGCUUCACCAUUCAGGUCUCCUGUGCAUGGCUCUUACAGCCCAAGGAGGACUUUUGCCACCCGCUGCCCCAGCCUGAGCCGCCCCGGGUCCCCAUCGCUGCCCCCAAAUAUUCUACAUAUCCAGAUGGGGUAACGUGAUGGCGCAGGACGGACGCCGGUGGGGUUAACCGAAUGCAGAGGCCUUUCUAAAGAGGGGGAAGAGAGAGAUAGAGAGAGCCCAGGCAGGGAAGCGAAGCAGCAGCGAAGGACGUCUAAAAUUGCACACACAAAGGAAAUUGACACUACAGCAGGUUUUGGUUUUGUUUUGAUAUUUUUUUUGCUCAGCAACAAGCAAGCACAGGGUUCCUUCCCCCCCCCCCUUAACCGUAUGGUUUAGAGAAUCCGGCCUGCGCUCUCCCCAAAGCUGGGAAUAUUUUGCACAACAUUUGUGUUGGGGGGAGAAAAGAUAGCCUUUUGCCAAACUCUUCCGUUUCCUUUUUCGCCCUGCAAAUCUUCUCUUUUCCCCCCCCCACCUGCUUUGCGGGCGUGUUGGAUUUUGGUGUGUGUGCAUUUGUCCCCCCCCCCUCCAACCAAUCUUGAGACCCCCACUCCUUCCUCCGCCAUGGCCCGCAUGAACCGCCCGGCGCCUGUGGAGGUUUGCUACAAGAACAUGCGAUUCCUGAUUACUCACAACCCAACCAACGCCACUCUGAACACCUUCAUCGAGGACCUGAAGAAAUACGGUGCGACGACAGUCGUGAGGGUUUGCGAAGUUACCUAUGACAAGACUCCGCUGGAGAAAGAUGGCAUCACUGUCAUGGACUGGCCCUUUGACGACGGCGCUCCGCCACCCACCAAGAUUGUGGACGACUGGCUCAACCUGCUGAAGACCAAGUUCUGCGAAGACCCCGGCUGCUGCGUGGCCGUCCAUUGCGUGGCUGGCCUGGGACGAGCUCCGGUUCUUGUCGCGCUGGCGCUGAUUGAGAGCGGAAUGAAAUACGAAGAUGCCAUUCAGUUUAUUAGACAGAAGCGCCGCGGAGCCAUCAACAGCAAGCAGCUGACGUACCUGGAGAAGUACCGGCCCAAACAGCGGCUGCGCUUCAAGGACCCUCAGAACCACAAGAACAAAUGCUGCAUCAUGUAACCUCAGUAAUAGCCUUUUGCCAAAACACACACACACACACACACAAACUCCGCAAGCACAGGGCUUGACCUCUGAAGUCCCAGGCAGCAACCUUCCCCACUGGGCAGGAUUCCCCUUGUUCGGCGCCGCCAAAUCCGGCAGCGCUGGGAUCUGAGCCUAGGAGGGAAGGUGGCUGAGUCCAUCCCCCCCCCAACAAAAAAACUAGAAAUUAUGUUGUCGUUUUUCCCUCUGUCCCCUUCUCCUCACAGAACACGCACCAAGUGCGACGAUGGCACACCACAAUGCAAUUGUGCUUCUGUUCCUUGGUGCUGGGGUGUAUCUAUAUCUGGGAGCACCACAGCCCCUCUUCCAUGCCCCCCCCAAAAAACCUCCUUUCCAGGCAGGGGCAGGUCCCAGCAGGGGCCGAGUGGGAUCGCUUUGGGUGGGAUAGACUUCUUGGAGCUCAGAUCCCUUGCCACUGCCUCCCCUCUCUCUGAUGCCAGCGUGGCUUCCGAUGCACCAAGCCAAAAGCAGUGCCACCCUGCCACUGCCUCCCCCCUUUCUGCUGGGGGUGGUGGUCUCCAAUUGACUUGGUGGGCAGCGCAGGUUUUGCCAGGCCUUCUGGAACCCAGGUGGCAAGUUGGUUUUGGCCGGAGGGAUGGCAUUGGUUGGGUAAUGGCGUGAUGGGUCAGUUGCCACCUUCUUGCAAGGUAGUCUUUCUGGCAAGGUAAUCCUGUGGUCUUCUUGAGUGAUCUGCUGUGAUCUUUGAUCUAACCCCAUGAAAGGGGUUUCCUCACCCCAUUUGGAAAAGGUACAGGGACAUUUCUCUGCAAUGCACAACAGGAAAGCAAACAGGCUCUCUGCCGAAGGCAUCGUAUUUCUACCUUGUGAGAUUUCGUCCCCCAGGUGAUACGAUUCCUCUGUGUGUGUGUGUGUGUGUGUGUGUGUGUGUGUGAUCAGAAGUUGGUCCCUUCACGUUUAAAUCAUCCGGUUCCCAUCCUUGCCUCUGCUUGCAAGGGCAUCCUAGGGUUGUAGCUCAUUGGCAAAGGUUUGGCUUACCUGUACGAGAGACCCAAGAGUGAAUUCAGGGGAGGCAGGUAGCUAGUAAAAAAUGGUUUUUGGUCUGAGAACAGAGGGCUUCAGGAAUGUUUGGCAUUGGGCUCAGGAAUUGGGGAAAGGCGUGAGACAGAGAAAGCUGUUUCAUGCAUGGAAUGACAUCUGAUUUGGACAUGGAGGACUGCACAAUUUAUUCCUGUCUCCGCCCUAGGCCUUAAGAGAUCAGGCCAGGGGAAAGCAACCGCUCCUGCCCCUUGCAGCUAUUCCUGCAGUCGCGGGACAUUUACGAGGAGAUCCCACUUCACGGGAGACGAAUAAAUGAGCAUGAGAUGUAAUUUUGGCACCCAGGGAGAUCCCCGGACCUUGUGGGUCCAGUUUUAAGAGACAGAGGAAGCUGGACCCAGGAGAAGGCAGGCUAAUAAAUUCUCCUCUGACUCUUCACAGGUUGUGAGGAGGUUACCGGAAGCUUUAAAACCCAUUUUCCAUGCCUCAAUUUUGCCCUUGUCGAGAGCACCCAAGCCACACCUUCGGUUUUGAUGCUUAACGUUUUUAAUCGCUAUUAAACGCACAAGUUAUUUCUGGUGAUUUUGUCUUUGCUGAGCUAAAUCGCGCCAUUGCCGCCUGGGUGCUUGCAGAUUUGCUGUGUGAGCAUAGCGGCGGCGGCUGGUCCUAUACCGGAGCCAUGCAGAAAUCACAGCCCCCAAAUGCCCCCCUUCAGCAGGGAAAUGGCUGUUCUAGGGAGCUGCUCACCGCCUCUUCCCUGAAAGAGGACUAAGCCUAUGUGCCCCUCGGUGCAAAAAAACAAUGGUAACAAUUCUACCCCCAAUGCAUUAUGGGUCAAGAAAUCAGGGGACUGCGGGAGGGGGGGUGAGGAAUAAUAAUUCUGCCCCUCUUGCCUCAUUCUGGUUUCCCUAGUCCUAUUUUGCAGCUUGGCUGCUGAAGCCCCACUUCCAAAUUAUGAAAAUCUUCAGCAGGGAUUGCUCAAAAGUUAAGAGAUCCUGAAACGUGCUUUUUCUGUAUUGCUAGCAAAAAUGGGAGUUCUGGGUACAUAGCCACGUUUUGUGUGCUCUCCUCCUUUUCUGGCGUUUGGGAAUGGCAUGUAACGUUAAUCACAGGCGUGCAACUGGUUGCAGGUGCACACAUUCCAUCUGCAUGCAGAACGCCCUGGCCGAAGCGGUAAUCCGUGUCGGAAAUAGGUGAAUUAAAGUCCCCAUGAGCAAAUCGAGGAUCUUUGCUUUUGGCAAACGUGCGCAGAGACUCGCUCUGCCUCUCCCUGUAAGCCUUGGUAUUAUUAGCGCUCUAAAGGUGAACAUGCCUCGAUCUGAGAUGCGCAGCCCACAGAGACACCACAGCUACUGCUUUCCUCUUGUUUGUGUAGCAAAAGUUUCGGUUGCGUUUUCAAUACCUUCGAGCAAAAAAGUUCAGCGUUUUGCUUUUUAAACUUUUAAGGUCGUCUCCCUUGGCCCGGAAAGCUUUCUUCCGGUUGACGAUAAAUGUGCAGUCCUCUUGACAGCUUCCAUGCGUGGGUGGGAGCGAUUUCCUGUGCUGAGAGCUCAAGUGUGCAGCCAGCAGGUUAUAGGAUGGAGGAUGGGUGGGAAUUGUUCAGCCUGCUAAGGCGUGACUUGGUGGAGGGAACAGUUGGUGGGGGGCAGGCAGGCAGCUGCUUUGGGUGAGCGUCUACCAAAUUGGGGGGGGGGAGAUUUGUGGGGGGGGAGCCUUGCUGACUAGGGUGGACUCAAGCAGUUCGCAGCACAAAAUACCCAUGGCCUAAUUUUGCGCCUGGGCCCAAAUGUUGGCUAACUCUUGUGGCAGAAGCAGGAUCGCACCAUUUCCCCAGGAUUUCAGGCUGCAGGCAGAGAGACUGUGUUGCGCGGAAGCUUUCACGCACUCGGCCCCUUGCAUGUAGACAGCUAGCGUGUCAGGGAGAAGGAAGACUCGGCCCCACAUGCCUCUUCUGGCAAAUGGCUUUCAUGUGCACUGCUGGGAUUCUCUCCCCAUCCUGCCUCCCAUGUGAAACAUUCAAAUAAUUGGAUUUCCUCUUCCCUCGGACUCAAGUGGUGCAAAUUAGGACAGGGAUGCCUGCCUCAGAAAGAGGUUAUCACGCCAACACAACUUUAUCCUGACCCUCCCGGUUUUAAUUUUUUAUUUUAUUUUUUAAAUGUUGCUUGUAGUUGUCACGUCCAAGGAGUGAAGCAUUGGGCCUGUUUAUAUAUUUCACUGCCAGCCUCCAGGUUGAGGGGAUCCUUCAGGAAGUAUAUUCCUCACUUUGGCCCCUAGUCAGCAACCUUCUGCCAUCAACACAUAAUGUGCCCAAUCGUCGUGAAACCUCAUAGCCUCUUUACAAUAGAGUCUGGUCACUCAGCUUGCUCCAGAGCCCAAGACUAGUGUCUGGAGAACACAGUGCCCUCCCUCAGAUUAAAAGUGACCACCAUUUGUGCUGACCAUGAGCUUGUGGGGGGUGGUUGGAGACCAGUGGUCAGCACAGGCAGGGAAAAGUUAUUUUCAUCUACCUGCUGCAUCAAGAAUGUUCUUUGAAAGGGCACAAGCGCCAACUUUUUAAAAGGAUCCUUUCCGAAAAGCGCCGUUCUUUCCCUCAAAUGUGCGCCUUUUGCAAAAAAAUUCCCCAUAGGUCUCUUUUUAGAAAAAUAAAAUUUUAAAAAAUCAUAGCACAUAAAAUGUCUUCAGACCUUACUUCAGAGCACCGGCUUAGACAGACAUACCAGCAUUCUUAAUAGCCUUAUAGUGUGGAAAUCUUGAAUUCAAAUUAAAAAAAACACGAAAGCUUGCGUGUAUCCUCUAGCAGGGAGACAGGGGGGAAACAUAUAUAUACAUAUAAAUUUGCAAUGCCUCUUGUGGUUUUUGUGUGUGUGGUAUUGGGAGAGGCGAUUUCUCUCUCCCGACUGUUGUAAAGCAAAAGUGAUCAUGUUCCUCCACAGAUCUCAAGGCGCUGUGCACUGCAACACGGCCCAGAGUGGGGAUUUGAAAUGCCCCCUUGCCUCUGGUAUGAUAUGGCUCAUUACAAUGUCCAGGAAUGUGAAUUUAAAUGAUGUGUGUGUGUGUGGUUUUUUUAAUUAUUAAAAACGACGAUAAUGUUUUCUCGGAGGGGGGAUUCCCAACUGCUAAUGCAAACGUCGCAAUGAAAUGACGUUUUAUGGUUCCAGGGGAGAAAGGGGGCUUCCAGCAUAACUCCAAGGGUCAUUCCACCAUAGCUGUCAACAUUUCCCUUUUUUUAAAGGGAAAUUCCCUUAUUCCGAAUAGGAUUCCUCGCAAGAAAAGGGAAAAGUUGACAGCUAUGCGUUCCACCCCACGGCAGCCAGAGAAUUCCUCAGACCCUCCUUCAUUGGACCCUCAAUGUAACAUCCCGGAAGCAAUGGGCGUAGUUUCCCCAACAUUUCCCCAUGCGCAAGUUUUUCCCACCAGAAAGCAAUCGAUUGCAUUGAAUGUGCAGCACAGUGGGGUUGUGCAAGGGCUCCGCGAUGGCAUCUUUCGGGGCAUCGAAAGAGCCUUUUGGGAGGAGAUUGGCAGAAGCGGACACACCUGGCAGGAAGGAAAUUGGAACGGCUGCCGCCACAUCGACCUCACACCCCGUUUAAUCUUCCAGCGCCCUGGGAGCGCCUUAAAUUCCGCCGGCUUCUUCCCACACUGCUCUUGCGCUAUCGAGGCGACGGGGUGGCGUCCUAGCUUGAGCAUCGCCCGACCCCAAGUGGCCAAGCAAGGGGGGAGACAGCCAUGCAGUUGGCCCCGGCGCAGAGCAUUCCUGGCACACCAAUGUUCCCAGGCCAGUGUGGGAAGACUUCACGAAGAAACAGCUCCCACUUGGCCCUGGAAAGCGAAUUAAACCUUGGUGAAAUCGCUGGCGAAAGGUUAAUGUUUUAAUUGAGGGCAGCUUCUAAUCCCUGCUGAGGGCACAAGGGGGCAUUUUUCCAGACUGGUACGCCUGGCUUCAAUAUUUUAGUGUUCUGCGAUGUGUGUCUGAAUUUUCCCAACCCACCCUGUUACUUUUUUAAACGUGUUUUCCCAAAGAUACACCGGGCGAUCCUUCUGAUUCCUUUCAGCAGUGGGAUUUUACACGUCUCCCUUUUUUAAAAACUCGGUGCGCCAUUAGUUCAUAGGUCUGCCUUCCCUAAUUCGAUGGCCUGCCACUCCCAUCAGCCCCGCCCUCAGCUGGCUGAGGCUGCUGGGAGUUCUAGUUCAGAACAUGGAGAGAGCGCCAAGUUGGGGAAGGCUGUUGUAGACGGAGACCAGUUACUUGGGGUAUUUGUUGGUUUGUUCGUUUUCCCUCUGAGCCAUAGCUAAAUUAUUAUUGUUGAUUUUUACUAUUAUACCCAGUGCUUUUAUAUCGGGCAAGCAUCACUUUGGCAGAUGCCAACGAGGUCCAGACACUUUAUAACCUUUUUUUAAGAGAAGAAGAAUUAUUUAAAAAAUGAAAUAAGUGAAAACUUGUCUGUUUUUUCUGCUCAAGUCCUGUAAAACUGUCAAUGCCUUUUUUAAAGUAUUCACUUUUUUUUUUUAGUUGUGAGAGGUUUCCUUAAAAGUGUAAUAAGGCUGCCCUUGCCUCCGACCGCAACAACAAAGGAAAAUUUAAAAAAUAAAAAGGCUUCACUGUUUUGUAUGAGA